UACAAGGAGAGACUAAUAUAAAGGGCUUGUGGUUUCAGCUCAUCAUCAUCUAACGUAAAGAGAUCAGAUUUACAGCACUAAGGGUCUGAAAACUAGGUUUCGAGUCAAUAUGCUGGUGAGAAUAGCAGUGCUUGCACUGGUACUGUGCACAAUCACAGGAUCCCAGGCUGACAUCAGCUCUGAGCAAAUAUCUGAUUCUUUCUGGAAGUACUACUCCCAGCUGAGCAGUGGUACGAAGGAUAGAGUGGAGCAGAUACAGCAGUCUGACGUCAGGAAACAGCUAAAUAUUCUGAUAGAAGAAAACCUGAAGAGUGUUAAUCUAUACGCAGGAGAUUUACAGCAACAGCUCAUUCCCUUUGCAAAACAGAUACACGAGCAGCUAACCAAGGAUUCAGAAAAGUUGCGGGAGCAAAUAAGACAGGAGCUGGAAACGCUGAAGGUCAAGUUGUCACCAUAUGCGUAUGAGGUGCACAAGCAACUGAACAGGAACGCAGAGGAACUCCAGAUAAAACUGGCUCCAUAUGCAGAGCAGUUACGGAGCGAGCUAGAUAAGAACUCCCAGAUAGUAAGCAAGCAGCUAAAAUCUGUAACCAAGGAGUUGGAAGCCAAGAUCAGAGAAAAUGUUGACCGUGUUCAGGAAUCACUGACCCCAUAUUCCCAAGAACUAAGGGCUACAAUAGAUGACAACGUGGAACAACUGAGAAAGCAAAUUAAGCCGGUCACUGAAAAAAUUAAAGAUAACAUCGAUCAACAACUCCAAGAGCUGUAUAAAAACCUUACACCCUAUGCAGAAGAUGUCCAAGAUGAGCUGCGCAAGCAGAUUGAGGCCAUGGACUUUCAGAUGAAGAAGAAUGUUGAGCAGAUGGAGGGCAAAAUCUUGGAGUUCACUGUGCAGCUGAAAGAACAACUUUACCCCUAUGCCAAUGAGCUAAGAAGCACGCUGAACGGUGAUUUGACAAACGUCAAGCAGAAAUUGGAGCCAUACUUUUCUGAGAUGAACCAGAAGAUGGACAAGAAGAUUGUUGAGUUCAAAGAAACAAUGAGCCCCUAUGCAGAUGCCCUCAACAAGGCUCUUGUACAGAGAGUGGAAGACAUGAAGCAGAAGCUGGGCGAAUACACGGUCACCAUACAGGAUCAAGUGGAGUUCUUAGAGAAAGAUGUCCGAGACAAGAUCCAAUAUUUCAUCAGCAAGGGCGUCUCCACCGAAAACUAAAUUUUAUUCUAUUGACUUUAUGCCAGCUGACGGACGUCACUCAAACUGACACCAUCAAUUGAGAAAGAGGCUUUCAAACUGAACUCAUAAAACUGCUUACAUCUAUUAUAUUGUACUUUUACUAUGCUUCUGUAACGCCCCAGAGUGCCGUUACCACCUUUGUGCCUUGCUACUGUCUCCUAUGGUUAACCUCAUGUCAUCAUAUGUAUUUAUUGCAGGACCAUCACACUGUGCAUAUCUAUUUUAGUGCAACUGUUUAUGUUUUCAUGUAAUGUGCCUGAAUAACCAACAGAUGGCGGCAAACAUGGCAAAGCUACAGGUACCUAGAAUAGGACCUUUCCUUCCAUUCUAACCCUCUGCUGUGGUGUGGUGGGUAUUUUUCCCACUUGCUGCAGGAAGGAAGCAGGAGCCGUCCGUGCUGGACGAUCCCUGUCUGGGCCAGCUUGAGCACCUUCAGCUCAGCUGGAUUAGGAGGUCAAAGCUCAAAGCCAGGAGACCAGGAGGACAGUUUUCCCUGGAUAAAGUUAGAGACAGACCAGAACACAGACAAUUAUGUACAGCAUAAAGAAGAAGCUGAGUCCCAUAGCCAGCCUGUUAGCACAGCAGAGCCAGAUAGCAACAGAAGUAGUAGAGAGGAGUUUGUCUGCCACAGUUAAUGCCAACGCCAGCUGGAAGCUAAGAUAAAUCCUGUAAACUGUUUGGAGAAAUGUUCAGUGAAAGUAAAGCUGCUGUUCUACUAUA